UUCUGAGGUGUAGGGACUACGAUUCCCAUUAGGCUUUGCGCGUACAUAUUCGCCUUUCCCACUUGGAGAGACGGGAAAUGUAGUUCUCUUGGCCUACUGGGUCACUUUUCCCGGCAGGCUUUACGCACUAGUCUCACGGCUUUGCGCCUCUUUCCCCUCCCUCCCGCCAGAGUGACGGGAAAUGUAGUUCGCGGGGGUCAUCCUGAAGAACACCGAAUCCCAGCAGGCACUGCGUAUUUAUUGGCUUUUGUUCAACCUUUUUUUUGCCACCGCAUAGAGGGAUGGGAAAUGUAGUUCUCCCCCCCUUGACUAGGGAGAACAACAACCCUUCCCAUAACUAACUUAGAAGUAGGAAAGGUGGGUGGCAGCUGGUGGUCUUCAGUGGUGAUAGUAUCAGAGAGCUACCAAGUUGGAGGCGCUCAAUUUCCCCCCUUUCAAGUUCAGGAAAGCUGAAUAUUAAUAUUAAAUAUUUCCUCCACUUGGCUUCACUGAAAGAUCACACCAUACAACAUGACUUCACAGAAUUGUAUUGUUCAGAGAAGCUGAAUUAGGAGAUUUCAAAGUUGGUUACACCAGUGUUGCUUCAGUGAAACCUCACUGACUUCAAUUUCAAACACCUACACUUUAAUUUGCAGGUCAUUGAAGAGCUAUCCACAGAGAUUGGAUGGAUCUGGUGCUCCAGGGAAUACUGUGCCAGCAGUUCUUUGGUGGUGCCAUGAUUUUCUGAACUUCUGGGUGCCAGCUGGCAAGGGAAUUACAAAAAUAUCCUGAUUCUGCUUACACAGAACAGCAGGAAUUGGAUAAUGAAGGGCCAAAAUCCAUUUGCUGUGGAUGAAUGUACCUGUUGGUCAACUGGGAGAGUGGAUACCUUAUUCCCCUGGACCCCAAAAUUAGGAUUUAACCUAUACACUGUAAUAGACAUAGUUUGGAGUUCACUAAUUACUGACCCUGAUGGCUCGACAUUGCUUCAAAAAUGAGUAUUUUGACAGCUUGCUGCAAUCUUGUAUACCCUGUCACCUUCGAUGUUCCAGUAAGCCACCUUUUUCAUGUCAGAGCUAUUGUAAUGAGAGUACUACAGAUCAAGUAAAUGUAUCAGAUGGAAUUCUUUGGAUCGGUUUGGGAAUAGGAGUGAUUUUAACGUUCACAGUGUUCAUAUUAAUGGUCUUGUUUAAAAUGAGGCACCCAAAACAAUCAAAGGAAGAACUGAAAAACACAGAGUCUGCAGUGGAGCUGAAUGUUAUACUCAAGGCUGAUACUGAGACCAGUGUGAAUACAGAUAUAAUUGGAGAUUCCCUCCAAAGUGAAGCAUCACUGAUGUAUUCAGUGGAGGAAUGCACUUGCGGGGACUGUGGCUUGGUGAAACUCCAAACUGGCUUUGAUACUUCAUUCCCAUUACCAGCCACAGAGGAAGGAACUACUGUUCUGGUCACCACAAAGACUUCUGAAUAUUGCAGCUAUAUUCCAGGUGCUAUGAUGACUCUGUGAUAGGGAAAUGGAAGCAUUUUUUAUUACAUAAUCAAUCAGCUCAUCCAGUAUAGGUAUACUCAUAAAUUUUAUUAUUUGCUGUCAGUAGAGAAGGAUAGUACAUGUGGUUUCUUUAUAGCUUUUACAUUUAACUUUCAUUGGUAUUAUAUUUUUUCUAAUUUUAGUCUCUCUUGGGAGCUAUUUACUGGAACUUAUAAGCUAUAAGAACCCCUAUGUGGGGAAAACUUUUCUGCACUAUCAUUAAAGACUAUAUUUACUAGUCAAAAGGUUGGAUGUGCACAAAUGCCAUCAAUAAACAAGCUCAAAUAUAUAUUUAAUGACUAUGUCACACAAAUAAAUCUUGUACCAAAAUGUUUUUGUAGUACUAAGAGG